AUGGCUGAUAUACGUAGAAUUUUCUUCUUCAUUGUUUAUUGUUCAUUAGUCUAUGGAGAAUGUAAAUUUUAUAAAGACGAACAUACUAGAGACAUUUAUGAGAAAAUGCAAAAAUGGGAAAUCUUUGGAAAAAAUUUCACAGUGUCGAACAAAGGAUUAACAUAUUUUAUUGGAAUAUGUUCAUCGCCUAAUAAUUCAGCUGAUGACACAGCUAUUAUUCAAAAAGAAAAUAGUUCUUCACAUGUUCUCGGAAAAUUAGAUCAAGUCAAUCUUGUUCGAGGAGAUGAUUGGAUACUUUUAACUUAUAAAGAUGGUGAUCCAUACGAAGAUGCUUGUAAUAAUUCAAUGCGUUCAGCUUCAAUUAUGUUCGUUUGUGGACAAAAUAAGGCUAAUCUCACCAUACUUCAAGAGCAUACAAGUACUGAUCAUCAUUGUAAUUAUAUGUUUCAAUUACGAGUUCCAGAAAUGUGUCCACCUGUAGAAAAAAAUAACAAAUUAAGUGGUAGUGCCAUCUUUCUUAUUAUUUUUUUCAGUGUAACAGCUGCCUAUUUAUUUGUUGGAGCUGUUUUUAUGCAUGUAAAACAUGGUGCUCGUGGUAUUGAUCAUAUUCCAAACUUAGAAAUGUGGCGUAAAUUGGGUAAUUUAGCUGCUGAUGGAUGUGAAUUUUGUUGUCGUUGUGAAAGAACAUCACCGCGUGCUGGAUAUUUUCUUGAUGAAUCGGGACCAGAUAUGCGUGAUGAUGACAUUCUUGCACCAUAA